CACGCCACCCUUGUACCCUAGAGCUGCUCCAGCAGCACCAGUCCUCCCGCCGACUCCCUGGCGUCUCUCUCUCCCGUCGAUCGGCCGGGGCUCAUGGUUGGUUACGUAGGGCGCUCCGAUCCGACCCAUGUCCAGGCGGCGGCAAUGGAGCCCGCGGAGCUAGCCAAGAUCAUCUUCUCCAGGGUGCAGGAGGUGGAGCCGGACAACGUGAGCAAGAUCGUCGGCUGCAUCCUGCUGCGGGAGCCCGACGAGGAUGAGCUGGUGCACCUCGCCUACGCCACCGACGCCGCGCUGCGCAACACCAUCUACGAGGCCAAGGGCACGCUCGCCGCCAUCUACGCCCGCUUCUCCGCCUCCCCCGUCCACCACUACCACCAGCCCAACGGCGUCGGCUACCAGCAGGUCUGCUCCCACCCCGCCGGCCUCCGCCAUUUCUCCCCCGCCGUCCAGUACUGGCCGCCGGACUCCCCGCCGCCGGCGGAGAAGGAGUACGCCUUCGUCGACGCCGCCGCGGCCGAACCCCACUACGGGCUGCGCGGCGGCCGGCACGGAGCGCUCGGCGACGGCGCCCUGGGCGGCGGCGGCGGGGGGUACUACUCCGCCGCGGGCUUUCCUCCGGCGACCGGCCGGCGGUCUAACGGGGUGUCCUCGAGACGGCCCUGCCACUACUUCUUCAAGGGCAUCUGCAAGAACGGCCAGAACUGCCACUACUCGCACCACCAGGUGUACACGGACGGGUUCGCCGUCGACCACCACAUCCACGGGGGCGCCACGCCGGGGUCCCUCGAGAGCCUGGAGAUAGAGAUCACGGAGCUGCUCCACUCGCGGCGCGGGCAGCCGGUGUCCAUCGCGUCGCUGCCCACGCUCUACGGCGAGAAGUACGGCAAGGGGCUCCAGGCCGACGGCUACCUGACGGAGAGCCAGCGGCACGGCAAGGCCGGCUUCAGCCUCACCAAGCUGCUCUCCCGCCUCAACAAGAUCAGGGUGAUCGAAAGGCCGCACGGGCAGCACUCGGUGGUUCUCGCCGAGGACGCCGCCAAGUACUCGGAUUGCCGGAGCGACAGGGGAGGGGAGAUCCCGGCGAGCUCGCAUCAGAUAUACCUCACGUUUCCUUCCGACAGUAACUUCACCGAGGACGACGUCGCCAAUUAUUUCGGGCAGUACGGGCCGGUGCGUGACGUUCGGAUCCCGUGCCAAGACCAGCGAAUGUUCGGGUUCGUGAGCUUCCAGAACCCGGAGACUGUGACGGCCCUUCUCAUGCGGCGCAACCCGCAUUUCAUCUGCGGAUCACGGGUCCUCGCCAAAGCCUACAGAGAGAAAACCAAAUGCAUCAAUGAGAGGACCAACAACAAGUCGACGACGCAUUGCUAUCCUCCACGCUGGAUCGAGACCGAUCCAGAGUUCUAUCCAGACCAGUAUGAUUCUCCAAGGCUGGAGAGGAGGCAACUGGCGCGCGACAGGCAGCAGCUGCUGGAGCUCGAGAGGAGGCACCUGGCCGGGCUCCGAGUAGUUGAGCCGCAGUGCGCCGCCUACUUUGAUUGCAGCAUCGGGGACGUCGCUCCCUUCAACUCCCACUCCCAGUCCCAAUCCCAAUCCGCAGGUUCCAAGGAAGUGGGACGGACGAUGGAUCCCCUCUCCACGGCUGAUCAACUUGAUGACAUCGUCUCAACCAGCCAGAGCCAGGCCCCUCCCAUACAGGCAAACAACAACUACGACGACCAAGAGAGCAACCAGAUUGAACUCCUCCCGGAGAGCCCGUUCGCAUCGUCAGCGCCCACUGGAAACGGCAUAUGAACAGGCAGCCAAAGAAAGAAACACGAACUACCACUCUGGACCUUGGGUUGGUAUCUAUGUUCAGGUCCCGGCGAUGGAUGACAGACAGACAGCAUUGUAGUACACACAGGAAUCAGCAAAGCAACCGAUUGUUUUUCUGUAGAUAGAGGCGGACAUAAUGCAGAGGAGACACAUGACAUAGUUUCGGAAGAACGAAAAAAAAGAGGUGACACAUGAAAGAGCGAGAUCUUUUCAUACUUUUAUUAGCACAUUCAAAAUGGUGAGGACAGUUGCAGGAUAGACACAGAUACAAAUGUGUAGUCUGACCACAAUGAAUAGUCAUAUGCCAAAUAGCUGUCCUGAAAUAAGACAGGAGAUGAUGAUACAGGUUAUCUUUUAGUGUUUGUGCCAUCAUUUUGAAAGGGCAUGAAAAAUAAACAGGAACAUUAGCUAGCAUGUGGUGUUACUUCUGUAAUAAAUACAAACACAGGUGAUCUGUUCAGCUUUA